CUGGCUGAGGCCCUGGACCUGUUUGAGAGACAGAUGCUGAAGGAGGAGCGACUCCAGCCCAUGGAGAGCAACUACACAGUGCUGAUUGGGGGCUGCGGGCGGGCUGGCUACCUGAAAAAGGCCUUCAGGCUCUACAACGAUGUGUGGAGGCAGAUGCUGAGUCUGGGGCUCAAGCCAAGCCGGCACAUCUACAACUUGCUGUUGGGGGCAGCUCGUGACUGUGGCCUGGGGGACCCGGAGGUGGCCUCAGAGCUGCUCCUGAGGCCCAGGGAAGAGACAGCCCUGCUCCAGCCCCCGGGAGGCAGGCGGCGGGCAAGGGGAAGAGCCCAGGCUGAGGCAGGUGACAGCAUGUCAGCUAGGCUGCACGUGGAAGCCCUAGAGAGGCAGCUGCUUCUGGAACCUUCUCAAGUACUUGAGGGGCCUCCAGAGCCUCAAGAGGCCAGAUUGACCAGCAAGGCCCAGCCUGAGGUAGAAACCAAGGCAGAGCCUGACCACACAGUGGCCCUCAUCCCAGUGGCCCUGAAGCCACCUCCCUUGCAGCUGGAGGUCAAUCUCCUGACCCUCAAGACCAUCCCCCCAGCUGUGGUCUCCUUAGGGACAGUAACCACCCCCUCCGACAGGCUGGCCUUGAUGGGGGGCCUGGAGGGCUUCCUGGCCAAGAUGGCGGAGCACGGGCUCCAGCCCGACAUCAAAACCCUCACGCUGCUGGCUGAGGUGGUGGAGCCUGGGAGCCCCACGGAAGCCUUGCUGCUGACCCUCCUGGACACGCACCAGGUGGAGGCUGAUGUGACAUUCUUCAACACACUGAUGAGGAAGAAAAGCAAGCUGGGAGACCUGGAGGGGGCAAAGGCGCUGUUGCCAGUCCUGGCAAAGAGAGGAAUCGUCCCUAACCUACACACAUUCUGUAACCUGGCCAUCGGGUGCCACAGGCCAAAGGAUGGUCUGCAGCUACUUGCAGACAUGAAG